AUGGAAGAGACCUUCAAUUGUUUGCGGGGUCGAUCUGGGGGACCAGUCGGGAUGUUGUUUACCAGCACCGCUGCAGCUGCUCUGAGCAGCGUCUUGCUCAUCCAGCCUGCCCUUGCUGCGCCAAACGGCCUUCCAUCCCAUGGCGGCCACCAUGGUCAAAAGGACCCCUUCGAGGUGCUUGACCCUCAGAAUUGGGUCAAUCCCGAUAAUAUGACCUGGGCCGACUUCAAGACCCCUCCAGGCACCAAGUGGAACGACCCGUCGCGAAAGGGUUCGAUCCGCAACUUUAACAUCGCCCUGGUAAAUGUUGAUUAUCCAGACAAGUCCUUCACCAUUACCAUGGCACCGGAAACCGACGUCUUCAAGAACCCCCAAAAGGGCUCACCGAACGUCACACGAAGCCAGGUGCCCACGUUCUACCGUGAUUUCCUCAACAAGCCCGGACAGCUCAACCGCGGUCACACCCUCCAUGAGUACUGGAUGGAAGACUCGAACGGCCGUUUCGGUGUCGAUCUGACCACCUUUGGCGUAUACAAGAUGCCAUUGAAGUCAUACCAGUAUGGCAUUGGCGAGUCGAUGAACGCUGGUGCUUGUCCAAUUGGAGAGACUUGCUACUACGAGAUCCGCGACGACGCCCUCGGCGCCUGGCGCAAGGACAUCGGCGAGGAGAAGGCCAAGUCCUACGAACUUGUUUUCAUCCUGUCUGCUGGUCAGGAUGAAUCUUCAACAUGGCAAGAGUUCGGCGAGAUCAUGUUCCAAAACAAGGAAGAUGUCACUGCUGCGUUUGGUCCUCCACCAGGCAAUGGCACAGGUAACAUGACUCUGCCCAACUAUGCCAAAACCCGCUACGUCGAGUGGACCUCCUGGGCCUCUGCCUCUGCUAUCUGGCCGAAUGCCGGCGAUGGCUCCUCUACUCAGGCUGAGAGCUCUGGAAUGGGUACCUUUGCCCAUGAGCUCAGCCAUCUCCUCAACGUCGGAGACAACUAUAACAACCCCUAUGGCGUCCCUCUCCGCCGUUCAUUCACGGGCCCAUGGUCCAUGAUGUCUCGUGGUUCCUUUAACGGUCCCGGAGGCCCACACACCCGCUGGCAAGUUCCACCACUUAAGGGUGGUUCUAUGGGAUCCCAGCACACUUUCCACGACAAGCUGAGACUCGGACUGACCACCAAGGACAGUGCCCUGAAUGUGUCUCGCGAGGCGUUGGCCAACUCUGGCCUCGUUGUUGCCCGCGUCACUGCCCGUGUCAUUGUUCCACAGAAGGGAGAAUUGAUCGGUAUCCACGUUGCCAUGAACGCCGACAACGCCCCCAAGUGUGACAUCAAGACCGACCCUUACUGUGAUGGCAAUGGCUACAACAACUACAACGUUGAAGUCAUUGACCGCAUGGGCGCUGACUCCUUCUGCCCAGACUCUGGCGUCAUGAUCAGCAAGACCAGGGACAGGGCCUUCUCGAACUACCAGUGGACCAUCGACGCCAACCCACAGGAUAUCAAACAGAUUGACUUCCACCGACCAGACGGCACCCCUGCCAUGAUCAGCAUCGGUGACUACCGCCAGCUGGCUGAUGCCCUCUUCCACGCUGGUACCCGCUCCGGAAGUCAGUUUGAAUACACCGACAAGGCCAACAAGCUCCAGUUCUACAUUAUUGACCCCCACCGUGACGAGAAGGGCGUCCUCUCCUACACCAUUGCUGUGCGCUACGUCGGCGGCAAGGACCCCCACAAGCGCGGCGUCAAACUAGACAAGAACGCAAAGGUCACCUCCAGCAGCAUCAGCAAGCCAACCGACAAGGGCGUAACCUGCUCCUUCACCCUCCACAACACCGGAACCUAUAACCCAGCUGCCGGCAAGGUCAAGCACCCCCAGGACGUCACUGCGUACCUCAAGUCCGAUGUCUACCGCCUCAAGGCCACCGUCGAAGGCCGUGGCUGGAGAGUCGAGGUGCCAAACGCCCUGGCUACCGCUGAAUUUGGCAAGACCGUCACUGUCUCUGUUGCUGUCGGCGCCGAGAACUCUGCCCAAGAGGGAGCCAAGGUCACCCUCACCGCUACCUCGGAGGCCGACCCUUCGAAGUUCGCUACCGCCGAGUGUAGAGUGAACAAGUCCCACAACUAG